GCAUUUUAAAAAUAUUUAAUCAUUCAUGAGUUGAGUUUCAUUCUUGAGUCAUGGAUGACAAGGCUUCUGUUGGAAAAAUCAGUGUCUCCUCAGACUCGGUAUCCACUCUUAAUAGUGAAGAUUUUGUCUUGGUUUCCAGGCAAGGAGAUGAGACACCGUCUACAAAUAAUGGAAGUGACGAUGAGAAAACAGGACUCAAGAUUAUAGGGAAUGGAAGUGAGCAGCAGCUGCAAAAAGAGCUGGCAGAUGUGCUGAUGGAUCCGCCUAUGGACGACCAGCCAGGGGACAAGGAGCUUGUGGAAAGGUCGCAACUGGAUGGAGAAGGAGAUGGGCCUCUUUCUAAUCAGCUCUCAGCUUCAUCCACCAUUAACCCCGUGCCAUUAGUAGGGCUCCAAAAACCAGAGAUGAGCCUGCCGGUGAAACCUGGACAAGGAGAUUCUGAAGGGUCAAGUCCUUUCACACCAGUGGCUGAUGAGGACAGUGUAGUUUUCAGCAAACUAACUUAUUUAGGCUGUGCCUCAGUCAAUGCUCCCCGGAGUGAAGUGGAAGCCUUAAGGAUGAUGUCCAUCUUAAGAAGCCAGUGUCAGAUAUCACUAGAUGUCACCCUGUCAGUGCCGAAUGUCUCCGAAGGAACCGUGAGACUCUUAGAUCCUCAGACAAAUACUGAAAUAGCAAACUACCCUAUUUACAAGAUCCUCUUCUGUGUCAGAGGGCACGACGGAACUCCUGAGAGUGACUGUUUUGCCUUCACUGAAAGUCAUUACAAUGCAGAGCUCUUCAGGAUACAUGUCUUCCGGUGUGAAAUACAAGAAGCUGUAAGCCGGAUACUUUACAGCUUUGCCACUGCCUUCCGCCGUUCCGCCAAGCAGACCCCACUUUCAGCUACAGCUGCACCCCAGACUCCUGACAGUGACAUCUUUACCUUCUCUGUGUCUUUAGAAAUAAAAGAAGAUGAUGGUAAAGGUUAUUUUAGUGCGGUGCCUAAAGAUAAGGACAGACAAUGCUUCAAACUACGUCAAGGAAUUGAUAAGAAGAUUGUCAUCAAUGUGCAACAAACAACUAAUAAAGAACUUGCCAUUGAAAGGUGUUUUGGUCUUCUCCUUAGCCCAGGAAAAGAUGUACGAAAUAGUGAUAUGCAUUUGUUAGAUUUGGAAUCUAUGGGCAAAAGUUCAGAUGGAAAGUCUUAUGUUAUCACUGGGAGCUGGAAUCCAAAAUCCCCACAUUUUCAAGUUGUAAAUGAAGAAACUCCUAAAGAUAAAGUGCUGUUUAUGACCACAGCUGUUGAUUUGGUCAUAACAGAAGUACAGGAGCCUGUUCGAUUUCUCCUAGAAACAAAAGUCCGAGUUUGCUCACCUAAUGAAAGAUUAUUCUGGCCCUUCAGCAAACGUAGUACUACUGAAAAUUUCUUUUUGAAAUUAAAACAGAUAAAGCAGAAGGAGAGAAAGAGCAAUACCGACACUUUGUAUGAAGUCGUAUGCUUGGAAAGUGAAUCAGAAAGAGAGAGGAGGAAGACGACAGCCAGUCCCUCAAUUCGCCUGCCACAGUCUGGAUCUCAGAGUUCAAUGAUACCUUCUCCUCCAGAAGAUGAUGAAGAGGAAGAUAACGAUGAACCUCUCUUGAGUGGAUCUGGUGAUGUAUCCAAAGAAUGUGCAGAAAAAAUUCUUGAAACAUGGGGAGAACUGCUGUCAAAAUGGCAUCUCAAUCUGAGUGUGAGACCAAAGCAGUUGUCACCCUUGGUGAGAAGCGGUGUUCCCGAAGCUCUUCGCGGUGAAGUCUGGCAGCUGCUCGCAGGUUGUCACAACAACGACCACCUGGUGGAAAAAUACCGCAUUCUCAUCACAAAGGAGUCUCCCCAGGACAGUGCUAUCACCCGAGAUAUUAACCGGACAUUUCCAGCCCAUGACUACUUUAAGGAUACCGGAGGAGAUGGACAAGAUUCCUUAUAUAAAAUAUGCAAGGCUUAUUCUGUGUAUGAUGAAGAGAUUGGCUAUUGCCAGGGCCAGUCAUUUCUCGCUGCUGUUCUGCUUCUCCAUAUGCCCGAAGAACAGGCAUUCAGUGUUCUGGUAAAGAUCAUGUUUGACUAUGGUCUCAGGGAACUUUUCAAGCAAAACUUUGAAGAUUUGCAUUGCAAAUUUUACCAGUUGGAGCGCCUUAUGCAGGAAUACAUUCCCGACCUGUACAACCACUUCCUGGAUAUAAGCCUUGAAGCACACAUGUAUGCCUCCCAGUGGUUUCUUACGCUUUUCACCGCAAAAUUCCCUCUCUACAUGGUCUUCCAUAUCAUUGACCUGCUCUUAUGUGAGGGAAUAAGUGUUAUUUUUAAUGUCGCCCUCGGAUUAUUAAAGACUUCCAAGGAUGACUUGCUAUUGACAGACUUUGAAGGUGCCUUGAAGUUCUUCAGGGUUCAGCUUCCUAAGAGAUAUCGCUCAGAAGAAAAUGCAAAAAAGCUAAUGGAAUUAGCUUGCAACAUGAAGAUUAGUCAGAAGAAGUUGAAGAAAUAUGAAAAAGAGUAUCACACCAUGAGGGAACAGCAGGCCCAGCAAGAAGACCCCAUCGAACGAUUCGAGCGGGAGAAUAGGCGUCUCCAGGAAGCUAACAUGAGAUUGGAACAGGAAAAUGAUGACUUAGCCCAUGAGCUGGUGACCAGCAAGAUCGCACUGCGAAAGGACCUGGAUAAUGCCGAGGAAAAGGCAGAUGCCCUGAAUAAGGAGCUGCUUAUGACCAAGCAGAAGCUGAUCGAUGCAGAAGAAGAGAAGAGGCGGCUGGAAGAAGAGUCAGCUCAGUUAAAAGAAAUGUGUCGGCGGGAACUCGACAAGGCAGAAUCUGAGAUUAAAAAAAACAGUUCUAUCAUCGGUGACUACAAGCAGAUUUGUUCUCAGUUGAGUGAAAGACUGGAGAAGCAGCAGACAGCUAAUAAAGUGGAAAUUGAGAAAAUUCGGCAAAAAGUGGAUGACUGUGAGCGCUGCCGGGAAUUUUUCAACAAGGAAGGGCGUGUAAAGGGCAUCAGCGCAGCUAAGGAAGUUUUAGAUGAGGACACAGACGAAGAGAAGGAGACGCUCAAGAACCAGCUGAGGGAGAUGGAACUAGAACUGGCGCAGACCAAGCUGCAGUUGGUGGAAGCCGAGUGUAAGAUCCAGGACUUAGAGCACCAUUUGGGCCUUGCCCUAAACGAGGUGCAGGCAGCCAAGAAGACAUGGUUUAACCGAACGCUGAGCUCCAUCAAGACGGCGACCGGGGUCCAAGGCAAAGAGACUUGCUGAGAGCACUGCUGCCUCCGGACACCUUCUGAGAACACGACACCUUUUGUUGCCUUCUUUGGCCAGAUGUGUGAUUCUGUGACAUGUCCCAGGACCAGACUGUACCCAAGUCAGUUUCAUAGAAGCAUAUUGGUAGGUCGUUGGACCAGAGCUCAUGAAGCAGGCAGCCUCUGGGUAAGGCCCCCCUCACUACUGACACUAACAGGCUUGCUAGCCCAACAGCCGUUCCGGAUGUGCUCCAGUCGCCCCUCGGGUGACCUCCAGGCCUCUUCCCAGUGUAGGUCAGCACCUCACCCGGCCCACAGGCCGAGCUGACAGAGUUGGGGGAUCCUUUCAGGCUGUUGUUUUUUUCUAAACCUUUAAUCUUUUUUUUUUUUAAUAUACAUAUUAUAUAUAUUGGGGUGUGGGCGGGGAAGGGGAUAAGUAACUGAAAUAAUUCUUAUCUGCUUCAGUGCCAGCAGAGGGUCCUCCAGGUAGAUAUGGAGAAGCACUUUGUUUUAAAUAGGAGGGUUUCAUGGUUGUAGUUGAAGCCACCUAGUUUUGUUAAACUAUAUGAUGCACAGGUUUUUGGUUUGGCAUUAUUCACGUUUUUGAUCAAUUCUAUGCAACUCUCAUAGUCCUGUUGUUUUUUUAGUGUUAGCUGCCAAAGUGACUUCCAGUGCUGGAGUGUGUGAGCUGACUGACUGUGAGGCUGGAUUAAUCACAAUGUGGACAAAUCCUAUUUUGCUCAAUGUGUCGUGUGUGUGUGUGUAUAUAUAUAUAUAAAUAUCUCUCCCCGUGCCCCCGAUGACAGUGUUUAAAUCUCAGACUAGGACUGAUCUGCACAACUUAAUUAUAUGGUUAUUGGGCACUUAAUUUCACUCAAGGUUGGUUGGGUUCUGCUCUCCUCCCUGCUGUUAACGUCCAGACUCCCGGGGUUUCACACAACAGGUUGUAUAAGUGAGACAGACACUGAGCUGUGUACGUGUUUGUGUAAAUGUGAGUAUGUGUAGGACACACAUGCCGAGAGGCCCCCGUCCUGCUGGCCUGUGUCCCUGCCUGCCUGGGCCCUCCUUGGAGUGUGGCUGGGUUGUAAACCUUGCUGUUCAGAUGGGCUGCAAGUUCUCACUUCAAAACUACGUUAUGGAAGUUUUAACACCUUUAAAAAAUAACUUCAGCUGUUCAUUUACACGGCGAGGUGCUGACAGGCCAUCUCAGAGAUGAUUCCGUCUUUCUGUGUGUGGUGUGGAGGUGGCUGCUUACAAGAGGCACUGGUUUGUAUGUAGAGACACUUGGUUGUUUUGUAUCUCUCCUCCCCUGGGCUGUGCUGACUGACAGUUGCCGAGGCCACCUGUGAUGAGGGAGGUAACGAGUGGCAGUCCCCUACCCCGCAGCUGUCCCCUCCACCACGCGGUGUCUUUCUUGUUCAGUUACCAGAACAGCUGUAAGCCCAUCUAAAACGAGGCGCGUGGACAUUGUGCUAGGGUAGUUCCAGUGUGUUAACGCUAUGAACUGAAAUAUAAACCAGUAAAGUUGUAUUACUAUCUCUUCUGUUGGUUUUAUUUUAACAGCAUAUUCAUUAAAUAUUUUGGUACAAACAGCA